AUGGAGGUGCCACUGCUGGACCAGGUGCGCAUGGAGCACAUCUGGCGUGUGCAGCAACGCCACGUCAAGUGCAUCCAGGACCUGCCUGGUGUGCAGCUUCAUACAGAGACGAGUACCACCAAGAAGGGGGGUGUUGUCCUGAGAACUAGUGCAAAUGCGCUGAAUUUCCAUCUUUACCUCCUGGAAGGCCUGAACAGGUGGAACCAGGAUCGGGGGAGUGCGGCGGUGACCAGUAGGCCAUCGUCUCUGCUCACCUACGCCGGGCAUGUGACCCAGUGCGUCAACAGCAGCAGCUUGAAGGUGUUUGGCCGGCCAUUUGUGCCAAACUUCAGGCCACCCUCCAAAUACACUGGAGAGCUGCUUGGUGUUGACUACCUGUUAAGUCAGACUGGGCAGCCCCUGCAGGUCAGCCCUGACUCAGAGGAGACAGAAGACAUGCUGGAGGAUGUGGACGGGGGCGAGGAAGACAAUGAAGGCUUUGAGGAAGACCAAACAACUGACCUCACAAUGUCAGGUCUCCUUGAUGACCUAAGUGUCUCAACACAGCCUGUCUUCUCCAUCCUUGCUGCCUCCUCCCUGGCUGCUGCCUCCUCCCUGGCUGCUCCUAUCCAGCCUGCCAUCUCCUGCAUGGCUGCGGAUGUGUCUGGGGCUGUGGAUGAGUGGACAGCUUGGCAGAAUAUCUAG